CAAACCAGUUGUUUCUUUAAAUGAUAUUUAGAAAUACAGUAAAUACUUUAUACACAGACUGCUAUGUACUGUGUUAUUGCUGGUACUUGUAGUACUUUGUAGUACUUUGUAGUACUGUGUAGUACUUUGUAGUACCUUAUAUGGCGUUAUUAUUCUGUUGUGCACAGUGAUAGAAAUGAUUUCGUCAAAAUGAACUGACUUAGUUUUUAGAAACUGAAGUGAAACAGGAAGUGGUUUGGUUUCUGCUGAGCAGGUUCACACAGGAAGAGGUCGCACUCUGAAUGUUUUGAUGGAGACCAGAAGUAUGACACAAGGUCCUAACCUUUAUUUCCAUGAUCAUUGUGAGUGUUUUGUCGCAGUUAUCUCCAUCUAAUAUAAUUGUAAUUAAUAAUUGUGAAACACGUUUCUUCAACUGAGAGGAGAAUAUUAAUAUAGCAAUAUUAGAAAGUCUGGUUAUUAUUAUUAUGAGGGAUGACCUGGUAGAGCAGGUUGUCUUCCAGGCAACUUGAACUUGUUUCCUCUCGUGUCCACUCGUCUCCUCUCGUCUCCUCUCACCUCCUUUCGCCUCCUCUCGUCUCCACUCGCCUCCUCUCGUCUCCUCUUGUUUCCACUCGUCUUUAAAUUGUGAAGAGUGAGAGGUCUGUGGGUGCAGAUAGGAUCUUUGGCUGCAGGUUGAACUGUGAGGGAACAGAAAACACACACACACACACUUGAUGUGAGCAGUUUGUGGUGAGUUUAACACUUUUUCAGCUCAGACUCGUGCUUCACUGACUGUGGCUCCUGAUGAGUGCUUCGAUUGCUCGUCUUCAGAUCAACAUCAUGAAGAACUUUGAUGAUGAAGUGAGAAAGAUUCUGGAGGAAGCUCCAAACGCCAGAAAAGCUCUGAUGGAGAAUUACGACAACCUGCUGAAAGUGUCUGAAUACUGCCACGACAAUUACCUGCAGUCAGGUGACAACAGCAGAAAAGCACUGGAGGAGACAAAGAACUUCACCAACCAAUCACUGGCCAGCAUCGCCUACCAGAUCACGACGCUGGCCAGCAGUGUGCUGAGUCUGUUUGAUGCUCAGACCAAUCAGCUGUGUCACAUGGAGUCUUCCAUCAACCUCAUUGGUCAGACGGUGGAGAUGCACAAAGAGAAAGUCUCUCGAAGAGAGAUCGGUGUUUUCACGGCCGUGAGACGAGUCCCGCGCAGCCACAAGAUCCUCCCACCAAUUAAACCUCCUGCAGGUGUGCAGCCCUGCCCACUCUACAGCCGCCAACCAAUCAACUAUCAGCAGCUGGACGGCCUGGGCCAUGGUGUGAAGGUCUGUGGGAAGCAGUCCGACAGAACCGGAAUGAUCCGUAAACACGGCGCCUCCAUCAGGUUCUGUUUGAUUCUGUUUUUACUAAAGAGGAUUUUUGUGUCUGCAACAUGGACUCAUGUGUGUGUGUGUGUGUGUGUGUGUGUGUGGCUGGUCGGCAGCCUCAGAACUGUGGGGUGUCCCGGUGGCCUGUCAGCAGACACAGAGGAGAAUCUGAGGAUUAAGAAGAAGAACUUGACCAAACUUCAGCUUCAGCUUCAGAAGCUUCAGUUUCAGCUUCAGCAGCUUCAGCUUCAGCAGACCAUAGAUGAUCUGCUGAAGCUGAAGCUGCUGAAACCGUUGCAACAUCCUCCCACGUGGCUGGUGAAAUCCCUAAAACCAAUUCCGCUGGAGCAUUCCAGGCCCUUUCUCAACAUCCAUACUUCCAUACGUACGUGUGCUGGCUCCGCCCUGUUUACCAAGUCAGAUGCUUGGUUCUCUGGUUCUCUGCAUGAAGGUUGUCUGGUUCUCUGCAUGAAGGUUCUCUGGUUCGUGAAGGUUCUUACGUGGAAGGUUCUAUGGUUCCUCAGUUGGGGAAAGUUCCUCAUGGAGGAAGGUUCUAUGGUUCCCUCAGAAGGCUCUCGGAGGAAGGUUCUAUGGUUCUCGAAAGUGAAGUUGCCUUAUGGUUCUCAGAAGGUUCUCGGAGUGAAGGUUCUACGGUUCUCAGUCAGAAGUUUCUCGGAGUGA